AUGCCGCCAAUUAAAUGGAUAAUCCAGAGAAUUUGGUUCCCGAGUUUCAAUCUCCAGUGUCACUUGAAUUUAGGCUUGAACAGAGGAAAUGCAAUGUGUCGAUGGAGAAUCCGAAUUGAAUCCCAGUCUCGUAGUAAAAUAGUUCAGAUAAGGACAGUUGAUAUGAACCUCCCUAUUCACGAGAAUAACUGUACUGGAUCGUAUAUCAAAGCUUAUGACGGUCAGUACAACUCAGCACCGCUUCUAAAAACAUGGUGUGACGAUUCGACCAUAUUUUCAACAGGUGCCUACGUCAUUGUAGAGUUUCAUGGUGGACAUGUUUCGUCACGUGGUUUCGCUCUUUCCUUCCACGAGGUGGAUAUGUUUUCUCAUAAAUGUAAAAGCGGAGAAAUACAGAAAAUAGACGUUACUCAGACGCCAUUGGUUGUUACCAUUCCGGAUGAAGAUGCUUUUAGAAAAGGAAAUGAAGAUUGUCAGUGGUUGUUUACCAGUAAUAAAAUGUACAGUAAAGUUGUAGUAGAGUUGGAUGAAUGGGUGAUAAACUCCCCUGAUGAUUUCUGUAACCAGAGUUACAUUUCCUUCCAUGAUGGCGAUGGUUCUGAAAGUUUAGAAAUUUUAAAAUAUUGCCAUAGUGAUCAACCAUUCCAUAAACUAGUGACGUCAUCAGAUAUGUUGUAUAUACAUCUCCAUGGUAACUGGUCACGUGCAGCAACCAAACUACCCUCAAUAACUUUAAAAUUACAUUCGACGAAAAUCAAAAAUCCAGUGGUCGACUGUCACACCAGUCUUCAAACUACUGUAGUUGGUGAUACGCCAAGCUUUAUAGUUUAUCCUACCGGAGAUUUAACCACAGAGGAAGAGCUAUGUCCACUGCAACUCUGGUCAAAAGACAGAAGUAAAACAGUAAGAGUUGAUAUCGUGGGUUCCAGCGAAGGGAACGUCUCAUGCCAAGAUUAUCUGCAAGCGUACAAUGAUUUGGGCGACGUUGAAGAGAUACAAUACACUUGUCUAUAUGAUAAACCAGCGUACAUGAAUCCCCAUCGUAUGCAGAUACAAAACACUACAAAUGAUGGUCGAGUUGUUCUCAAGGCUUAUACUGUCGGUCGUCCAUGUGAUGGUAUAACGUUAGAGAAGUGGGCUGAAAAUGAUAAGAAGAAGUCACUAGAGAUUCUGGGAAUAAAAGAUAGCUACGUCAAUAAUGGGUAUUGUAAAUAUUUACUAAUGAGUGAACAAGAGGAUGAAAAAAUAAAACUCUUUGUAAAUGGAUCUUUCUAUGAUGACGAUAACGUAGAUACUGAGUGCGAGAAAGAUUUCGUUGCUCUUUAUGAUGGUGAUAAUGAGAAAUCACCAAUGAUUGCUAAAUGGUGCGGAGGCUCAGUGCCAGAUGGUUUUCACAGUACUGGACAACAGAUGCUUGUGAUCUUCAAAUCCGAUCAUCAGGGACGUCAACAUAAAAACAACUAUGAUCUUCAGUAUAUAGCUUAUAAAGAAAUGUGCAGUCGAUUUACCAUUCCAUUAAAUGCCACGUCAUCCAAACAGAACCUGUCCUCGCCAGGCUUUCCUGAUUAUUACCCACCUGACUCGUUGUGUAGUUGGUCAAUCCGGCCGUCAAGUGAAAACCAUUACAUAGUGUUUCAACUACUGAAAACCCAUCUCGGACCUCACUGUAGGUCCUUGCUUACUGCAUAUCAAAGCAAUGAAGAUUCCGAACAUUCGACGAUAGAUCGGGCUUGUGAAGAUGAAACGCCGACAUUAAAGAGCAGCGCCGGUGCCAUGGAAAUUGAGUUCAGAUCAGACAGCUUUUGGAAUGUUGGAGGAUUUUUAGCAGAGUUUUGGGAAGAACCCAUUCCAGAGCCAAAAUCAGAGCCUAAAUCAGAACCCGAAUACGAGACAAAUCCAAAGUCGGAACCCAAUUCGGAACCCCGAGUUGAUUCCGUAGAGGAUAAGCCUAAGGGUGGUUGUGUUAAAGUGACAGUAUACAGUAUAUAUGUUUAUUGCUUAUUAACAUUGUUCCAUUACUUCAGCUGACAAUGCUCUGGUUUAGUGUGUCUUUAAAUUAUUAUCAAAUUCUUUCUUCAUCAAACAUCCAUCAUUGAUCACGCGUAAUAUGGUGCAGGAAUCUCGUGUAUGUGCAUUUCGUGUGCUUUUAUCGUUACGGAAAAGUGAAGAUAGUGCAACUCAGGGACAUAGAUUCAGAUAAUGUAAAUAACUGGAAAUGAACUGCGAGUGCCUGAACUUUGUAUUCCAAAUGUUCGUGUGCGUACAUUCUGAAACUUACCUUGAGCACCUGUAUUCUUUCCUUUUGCAUACACGCGCGUGUCCAUUUAAACGCAUGAUUUCUGCAAGUGUACAUGUGUUUACUCUCUGUGAAUACCAGUGUUAGAUGAAAAAGUGCGGUGUUAUGAUUUUAGAUGCAUAUAUAAAAAAAUAUAUAUAGGUCGUACGCGUUUUCACACGAGCAUAAUGUAACUCAAAUCCUUUCCUUUGUAUUCAUUUAAACGCUUGAUAUCUACGAGUCUGCAUGUCUUUACUAUCUGUUAGUCGUAAAAAAUGCGGUGUUAUGAAGCAUAUAUGAAAAACGAACAAUAUAGGUCGUACGUGCUUUCACACGUGUAUAGUCAAAGUUGCUUCUGUAUACAUAGCGUUCCUUAUAGAGUUGCGGGAGGUUUUCAUCAUUCUGUUUAUCAGAAUGUCGACUGAUUGACAAGAGAAGAUGGAGUAGGAAUCCUGUCGAACCGUUGUGUGUAAGAUUACUUUAUUGUGUCAGGUGAUUCAAAGGGAGAGUCAUGAUAAACUUUAGUCUUUGGGCGCUUAUUAUGGGUAAUACAUGUGACUUUGCGAUACAAACGUUGUGAUCGCAUGCGCCAUACAUAUGUGUGUCCAAUCAUUCUAUUGGUGUGCACACACUUCGCCAAGUGCUACUUUUUUAUUUUGAUUUUCCAAUGUUCUUAUGAACUUUGAGCUUUUUUUUGUGACGUCAUAAAUUUUACUGAAAUGCGUGAGACUUUGAGAUAAAAGGUUUUAGAGGGAUGGAGUAUGGUUAUUUUGGGGGUAUUUCUAGGUUAGUGUGGAUUUUAAAUGCGUGUUUGCAAAUCGUAGCAAAUUCCAAGUUCGAAAUAGCCUGAGAAUUUAUUUGAAAAUCUCAGAUUCGGUUUGCGUAUGUAGUUGGUGCUUUACUUUGUAAAUAUAAAAAAAAAUGUAGUACGUCUUAGCAAAUUGUGACCCAAAUGCCACUUUUGCAGCAAAAACUCCAAGAAUUCCAAAUUUCCUGGAAUAUUCCUGGCAGACCUCCGACUCUGCGUAAUUGUUGUUGGUGCUUAUCUUUGUUAAUAUAAAAUUUGUAUAUAAUGAAAUAUUAUUUAUAUUCCUCCCGCCACUGCCUUGUACAUCGAUCAUCAUUCAUUACCUCGUCUUUUAUACUGUUUUCUUUCGAUUGCUUGAUUCUAUGUUUGUCAAGAGUUAUUGCCCUUGUCGGGUGGGUCUGGUUGAAAAAUUGCCCUGGUUUUCAAAACGUUACGCAGUCUUUAGGCCCUAGCUGAAGUGGCUAUAUCAAAAAUAAAAGUUAAUUAAAAAACGGAACGAAAGUUUGGUUAAGUUUUGAUUAGACUUGCCGUUACGAAGUAGAUUUUCUUGAUGUGUUCAAAAACAGUCUAACUUCCCUAACUAACAUCCUGGAGAUGUCUAAGUGUGGAUUCGAAGGGCGUAAAACUCUAUUUCAUGUGAACUCCGUGUUCACUGUCCCCUUCUCUUAUGAAUUUUUAAAAAAAUACUUGUUUUGUUGUUAAAGGUUUUUGAAAAUAUCUCGUUUGGAUCUAAAAUGAUGAAAAUACUGGAUAAUUUAUGAAAUUUGUUAAUUGAUUGAUAUGAAUAAAGUUAUGUUAAUAAAUUCACGUUGGCAAAU